GCAGGGCGCCUAGCGAUGGAGCGGGGCGGGGCCUCGGGCCGCCCGGGUCUGUCGAAGACAUCCGCUUCCGGGGCUGCGGCCAUCGUACCACCCGGCUCGGUAGGCUCGCCAAGCCGUGUCCAGGACCAGGCGCCAAACCCUACGUUCCCUGAGUCGCGGCCGCCCUCGCCUCGCGGCCGGACACCCUCGCCUCGCGGCCGGACGCCGUCGCCUCGCGCACUCUGCAGUCGGACGCCAGCACUCUGCUGCCCGCCUCCUCAGCCAGUCAUGCUGCAGCGUCUGAGCUCGCUGCCCACGCAGAUGGAUUACAAGGGCCAGAAGCUAGCUGAACAGAUGUUUCAGGGAAUUAUUCUUUUUUCAGCAAUAGUUGGAUUUAUCUAUGGGUACGUGGCUGAACAGUUCGGGUGGACUGUCUAUAUAGUUAUGGCCGGAUUUGCAUUUUCGUGUUUGCUGACACUUCCUCCAUGGCCCAUUUAUCGCCGGCACCCCCUCAAGUGGUUACCCGUUCAAGACUCAGGCACAGAAGAUAAGAAACCAGUGGAGAGAAAAAUUAAGAGGCAUGCUAAAAAUAACUGAUUGGGAGUUUUCCUGAUUUAGCUUUACUGUUGCACCUGCUUUUGUAUCCUGUGAGAUGAGCUAAAUUUUCACACCCAAACAUGAGCUAAAACCACCUACGCUUGUACGGUACAGCUGUGUAUAGAUUUUGUUCUCUUUAUAUUUCACUUCUCAUUUGGGCUUUGAUUUAUACUUGAUUUUAGACCUCUUCAUAAUGCUUCUCUGAAAAGGAGAACAGAAAAUACAGGUAUGCAAAGUUUCUUUCAGGACUGCAAAAAUAAUGAAUACAUAUGUGCCUCAUAAAUGAUAGUACAACUUGUCAUUAUUAGUCAAGCUGUUUUAAUAUUUUCAAUUAAAACGCACAGUGCAAAUCUGUGUCUGAAGACUCUUUUGUUCAUUGUUCUGCAAGCAAGACUACUAACAAAAGCCAAAGUUAGAAGUUUGUGUCUCUGAAACUGUUGGUAAGCCCCAUUUCUAAUUCUUUU